AUGACGCCAAAGUGUUGGCGCAGUGUCCCCUUCCUCCUCUUGCUAUCCAUAACAUCCGUCUUCGCCUCUAGUCAAUCCUUUGAAAACACUGCUAUCGUCCGCACAAUUGAGCUUGGCGGCUCGCUGGUCCACGUCACGACAACAUUUGCGAUUAGGGCCCUCGAAGAUGGCCUCAAGACGUAUACCAUCGCUUUUGGUCGCGAGGAAAAGGAGAAGUCGAGCUGGCUAGAGGCGAAAGUCAAGGGCCAACAGGAGCGGCUAGAAGUGAAAGAGCUGCCUUUCGAUGGAUCUAAGGACCACCACCUCAUCGAAGUCGUAUUACCAAAAACCCUUUCUCUGAACAAGACGCUGAAUCUCGUGCUGGAAUCUAUUCAAACCCACGCGACGUACCCGUACCCUGCGAGUGUCGGCCAGAACGAGGAGCAGGCUCUCAAAUACCAUACCGACCUUUUCGUUCUCAGUCCUUACGCGACAUCUGUUCAACGUACCAAGAUUAAGUCUCGCACACCCCGUGUCAUCUCGUACACCACACCACAGGACAUCGAGCCGUUCAUGAAGGAAAGCGCCGUCACCAAGACAGGCGCGACUGUUGUAUACGGGCCAUACGAUAACAUCCCGCCCAGCACGUCGUCUUCGUUUAUCCCAAAAUAUCAGCAGCCCGUCGUUAUCCACUACUUCCAUGACCAACCCGUCAUCGAACUCCUUGAUCUCAAACGUUCUGUUGAGAUUAGCCACUGGGGCGCCAAUCUCAACACGGAGGACAAAAUAACCCUUCACAAUGCUGGUCCUCAGUUGAAAGGCCAUUUCUCUCGUCUUGACCACCAGACGCAAGCAUAUUACAAGCGCGUUGCACCCCACGUCCUACCAGCUAUGACUUUGCAUCUUCCUUCCGGCAUCCGCAACGCGUACUACUACGACCUGAUUGGCAAUGUGUCUACCUCCAGACUGCGAGUGGCUCCCUCGGUCCCUAAGGACAAGCAAGGCACCCAGUUCAGCGUGUUGGACUUGAGGCCCCGCUAUCCUCUUCUGGGUGGCUGGAACUACACCUUCACUCUUGGAUGGGAUGCCCCUCUGCAAGACUCAGCUAGCUACGACAGGUCCACUGGCAGAUACAUCGUCGAAGUUCCUAUCAUGACGCCGAUUCUUGGUGCAGUAAUCAACCAAGAAGAACUUACGGUGAUCCUCCCCGAAGGAGCUACUGAUGUUCAAUUCGUGGCGCCAUUCCCAGGAGCUGCUGACGCCUUGAUAGGAACGCAUACAACUUACCUUGACACAACUGGCAGGCCCAAGUUGACCUUCCACUAUAAGGACUUGACGGUGAAACAAGCCGAGAGCAUUUUCGUGUCAUACAAAGUCUCUUGGGCAGCUCAUUUGAAAAAGCCUGUCGCCGUUGGGACUGCUUUCUUCAGUCUCUUCAGUCUUGGCAUGAUUGCACGGAGGAUGAACCUUACGCUUCACCAGAAAAAGGUGUCAUAG